AUGGAGAUGACCUUCUAUGAUAUAUAUGGAGAUAGGUUUAGAUGCCUAGAGAAACAAGAGGGAAAAUGGGUGAAAAUCUUUAUUGUAGAAGUUGGCCGUACCCAUUCAAGUUUCAUGGCAGAAAAAUCCAAAUUCACACUAACUGCUACUGGCGAUACCCAAAUCCACGUCAUUGAUCCUCUGAAUGAUCAGAUUUACUUUCAGUUCAAAGGCAUUCAUGAAAUCCCUCACAUGAGCUACAAGGAGAGAAAUUUUCCCAUAGAUACAAUGAGAGUGGUCUUUAAGACGGAAGCCUAUUUGGAUGAUCCUGAAGGACCAAAGAUGGUUGAGAGUCAUAUAAAAUGUGUGGCAACUGGGAAACAAGCUUAUGCCUUCCAAGAAGGGUUUGAAAACAGGGAAGGUCGUCGACACGUGAUUGUGGUCCUUAAGAUGUGGAGGGUCCACGACUAUUUCGAAGAAUGGCUUCAGACCGAGAGGAACUUAUCUGACUUCAGGUUCAAUCCGCGCUUGUCGGAGGUAGAGGAGUUCAGAUAA